CCCAUUUCCCAGCUCCCCGUGGACGAUCCCAUCGUCUCUCGGGACGAGGUCAUUUUCCCGCUCACCGUCGCCCUGGACCGGCUCCCGCCCGGCACCGCCAAGGCCAAGAUCGUGGUGACCGUGUGGCAGCGGGACACGGAGCCGCCGGAGCUGCGGGAGGGGACAGGGCCAGGGCCAGGCCAGGUGACAAUGACAGGGACAGGGACAGGGACAGGGGGGUACCUGAGGCUGCUCCAGGGCCGCGCCCCCGGCCAGGUGUUCCGGCAGCAGCACGGCGCCUUCAAGGCACAAGUGUCCACGCUGCUGACGGUGCUGCCACCCCCCCGUGUCCGCUGCCGCCAGGUGACCGUGUCCGGCAAGUACCUGACCGUGCUCAAAGUGCUGAAUGGCUCGUCCCAGGAGGAGCUGUCCCUGUGGGACGUGCAGGUGCUGCCCAAUUUCAACGCCAGUUACCUGCCCGUGAUGCCCGACGGCUCCGUGCUGCUCGUGGACGACGUCUGCCACCACUCCGGGGAGGUGCCGGUGGGGGCGUUCUGCCGCGUCCCCGGGUGCCACUCGGGGUGGCCGUGUCCCCUGAGCGCCCUGGAGGAGCAGAACUUCCUGUUCCAGCUGCAGGCGCCCGAGCGGCCGCCCCGCGACGCCAAGGAGGGCCUGGAGGUGCCGCUGGUGGCCGUGGUCCGGUGGUCGACGCCGAAGCUGCCGUUCACCAACAGCAUCGUCACCCACUACCGGCUGCCGAGCAUCCGGCUGGAGCGGCCGCGCUUCGUGAUGACGGCCACCUGCGAGUCCCCGGUGGUGGCCCUGCAGCGCUUCACUGUCACCUACACCCUGCUCAACGACCUGCAGGACUUCCUGGCCGUCAGGCUGGUCUGGACACCCGAGGCCACCGCCGGGAAGUCGCGGGGCUCGCUGGACUCCGUGGUGUGCCACACGCCGCUGACCAACCUGGGCUACUCCCGCAAGGGCAGCGCCCGCACCUUCCGCGUGGCCUUCCAGGCGCUGCGGGCCGGCCUCUUCGAGCUGUCGCAGCACAUGAAGCUGAAGCUGCAGUUCACGGCCAGCGUGAGCAGCGCGCCGCCCGAGGCGCGCCCGGUGUCCCGCAAGAGCAGCCCCAGCUCCCCGGCCGUGCGCGAGCUCGUGGCCGGGCUGGGCCGCUCGCAGUCCUUCUCCCACCAGCAGCCCGCCCGCAGCCACCUCAUGAGGUCCGGCAGUGUCAUGGAGCGCAGGGCCAUCACGCCCCCGGUGGGGUCCCCCGUGGGACGUCCCCUGUACCUGCCCGCGGGUGACAAAGCCGUGCUGGCCCUGGACAAGAUCGCCAAGAGGGAGUGCAAGGUGCUGGUGGUGCCACCCGUCAAGUGACAGCGGGGACAGCGGGGGGACAGCGUGGGGACAGUGUGGGGACAGCAGGGGACAGCGGG